AUGGAACAAGGUCUUCAAGCAAAGCUCAAAAAAGACUUUUUGAGUGCAUCUACAUUCAACAGUGCAGAAACUUUGGUGCCCAUCGCCAACUGUGACAGUAAAAAGGAUCUCAUCCUGGACAUUACCAGACUUUUAAUAGAUAUCUCGGAUUUGGUUCCAAAACCGUUUGCUAUAGAUAUGGCAUCUAUUUUGAAAUUAGUUAUAAAAAAGGCAGAAAGUGCUGUGGAAAAUACGAAGUACUGUUAUGAUUUAGUUGUUAGGCUGAUUUGUGCUGCAGAAACUAUCGUUAUGGGAUUAAAGAAUAAACCACAUGGCUAUGAACUCGGACCAGAAAAUCUUAGAAGAUUCCAAACUAUGUUACAAAGAACACUAGAAUGGAUAGAAAAGUUUCAGGACUCCAAAAAGUCAAGAAAAAUCUGGAAUUUAUUAACUUCAGACAAG